AUGUGUGGUAUUUUAGGUUUAUGUUUAGCUGAUAAAAAUGCUAAUGCAGCACCUGAAUUAUUUGAAGGUUCAUUAUUUUUACAACAUCGUGGUCAAGAUGCUGCUGGUAUAACAACAUCUGGUCCAAAAGGUCGUUUUUAUCAAUGUAAAGGUAAUGGUAUGGCUAGAGAUGUUUUCACUCCUGAAAGAUUAUCAGGUUUAGUUGGGAAUUUUGGUAUUGCUCAUUUAAGAUAUCCAACUGCUGGGUCUUCUGCUGGUUCUGAAGCUCAACCUUUUUAUGUUAAUUCUCCUUAUGGUAUUUCUUUAUCUCAUAAUGGUAAUUUAGUUAAUACUUUACAAUUAAGAAAAUAUCUUGAUGAAGAAGUUCAUAGACAUAUAAAUACUGAUUCUGAUUCUGAAUUAUUAUUAAAUAUCUUUGCAUGUGAAUUAGAUAAAACAAAUAAAGCUCGUGCUAACAAUGAAGAUAUUUUCACUGCAUUAAAAGGUGUUAUGGAACGUUGUCGUGGUGCUUAUGCUUGUUCUGGUUUAUUAGCUGGUUAUGGAUUAUUUGCAUUUAGAGAUCCAAAUGGUAUUAGACCUUUAUUAUUUGGUGAACGUGAAAAUGAACAAGGUUCAAUUGAUUAUAUGGUUGCAUCUGAAUCUGUUGUGUUGAAAGCUCAUAACUUUAAAAAAUUCAGAGAUAUUUUACCAGGUGAAGCUGUUAUAGUACAAAAAUCAGGUGUUGUAGAAUUUAAACAAUUAGUUCCAAUUAAAGAUUAUACACCAGAUAUUUUUGAAUAUGUUUAUUUUGCAAGACCAGAUUCUGUUUUAGAUGGUAAUUCAGUUUAUCAUACAAGAUUAGAAAUGGGUUCUAAAUUAGCUGAAAAUAUUAAAAAUGUCUUUACAGGUAAAGAUAUUUCUAAAGAAAUUGAUGUUGUGAUACCUGUUCCAGAUACUUCAAGAAAUUCAGCUUUAGAAUGUGCAGUUAAAUUAAAUUUACCAUUUAGAGAAGGUUUUGUUAAAAAUACUUAUGUUGGUAGAACUUUUAUUAUGCCAGAUCAAAAAAAAAGAGUUUCAUCAGUUAGAAGAAAAUUAAAUGCAAUGGAAUCUGAAUUUAAAGAUAGAAAUGUUUUAUUAGUUGAUGAUUCAAUUGUUAGAGGUACAACUUCAAAAGAAAUUAUUCAAAUGGCACGUGAAGCUGGUGCUAAAAAAGUUUAUUUCGCUUCAGCUGCUCCAGCUAUUAGAUAUAAUCAUAUUUAUGGUAUUGAUUUAGCUGAUACAAAAGCUUUAGUUGCAUAUAAUAGAACAGAUGAAGAAGUUGCUCAAAUUUUAGGAGCUGAUAAAGUUAUUUAUCAAAAAUUAGAAGAUUUAAUCGCUUGUGUUAAUGCAAGAACAAAAGAAAAUAAGAUAACGAAUUUUGAAGUUGGUGUCUUUACAGGUAAUUAUGUUACUGGUGUUGAAGAUGGUUAUAUUCAAGAAUUAGAAAAAGUUAGAGCACAAAAUCAAAAAUUAAAAGAAUUGAAUGGGAAUUCUGAUCAUAAUGCAAAAGCUGAAUCAGAUAUUGGUAUAUAUAAUUUAGGAGAUUAUAAAUAG